AUGGAAAGCUUGGAGGUGCCAUCAUCCAAUCAGCCUUUAGGAGAGAUGACUCCGGCACAGGCAGGACCAAUGGGCUGGAGGAGACCUCGGGAGCAGAGACCUGCUGUUAAGGCUGGUGCCGAACUCCGGAACAAGUUAGAGACGGCCUCGGCCGCUGCGGAGGCACCCCUGGAAUGGGCCAGACAGGAUGGGCUGGAGACGUGGAGGGAGCGGAUGUGGGGAGGAAAAGCCGCGCAGCCAGGACGACGCCCAGGUCCGGGGCUUGACAGGGAAGUUGGCGUCACCAGCCAAAGCAAGGGCUACGCGAGGGAAACCAUGCUUGUGGAGGAAGGUGAGAAGGCAGAGCUAAGGGUAGAAAGCAGGAGCGUACGAGGGGGCGGCACUCAGCACAACUUAAGGUCCGGCGAUUUUGCCUGGGGCAGCAACCAGCCUCCCAUCCCUGCACACAGCACCCCGGAGGCUGGAGAGCCUGCUGCCGGGGGAUACUGCCCACAGUGUCUGCACCAAGCCGAGGUUGAAGAUGCUUUCCAAGGCCCUCCUGGAUUCUAA